AUGACGAUUUUGGAAUCUGUGGCUAUGAACCUGGAAAUCAAAAAGUUCGUGGGAAACGUAGACAUCAAACCAGAAGCUCAAAAACCAUAUUCCUGUAAGUUAUUUAAAGAAGAAGCUUGUACUGUUAAACACACAUUUCCUUACAGCGACCUACAAAAGAAACACGGUGAUCUGAUAACGCUGAAGGUCUUUGGUCAGACUAUCAUUGUCGUCUGUGGUUAUGACACAAUCAAAGAAGUUCUAGUUAAGCAUGGCGAAUCAACAUCCGCCCACCCUGCAACGUUUGGAUUUUCGGAAUAUUUUGAACUAACAGGAAUCGCAGGGGGAUCUGGUACAAUUUGGAGGAAUCAACGAAAAUUUGGACAUGACACCUUGCAAGCCAUUGAUUCAGGCAGUGAUGACCUUGAAUCCCGAGUUUUAGGAGAAGUAUCAGACUUCCUCAAUGAAAUAGAUAAAAUGGAAGGUCGACCAUUUGACGUAAGCAGGCUUAUCAAAACAAGUCACUACAACAUCAUAUCCUCUCUUCUGUUUGGACAAAGAUUUGCUCAUGAGGAUGCCACUCUCACAAGACUGGUGGAUUUAGUGGACGAAGCCAUGGAUAUAUUUCCUGAUCAAGGACUACUGAAUUUUAUGGAAUGGCUGAAGUACAUACCAGGGGAUCCAUUUAAAGUUAGAAGGAGACGAUGUCUGGUCGAUGAAAUCUUCAAAAUCGUUCAGAAAUCUAUUGACGAGCACAAGGAAACACUAGAAAAUCCAAAGACCUUUGAUUUUAUUUAUAGUUUUUUGAACGAACAGAAAAAGAGAAAAUCAAAUAAUGAAAGUCUGGAAGGGUUUGGAGGCAAGGACCUCGUUGUUAUGGGGUAUGUACUGUACUUUACAAGUACCCCGGCCAUACAUGAGUUGUAUUGGUACAUUUUGUACCUCUUGCACAACCCAGAUGUAGUAGUACGCAUGCGCAAGGAAAUUCAAGAAAAUGUUGGAACUGAUAAGUCUGUUACUAUGGCAGACCAAGAGAAGUUGCCGUACUGUCGUGCAGUAAUGUAUGAAGUCCUACGUCUGUCUGUCACUGUUGUGGUUCCUCCAACACACACGUUCUCGGAAGACUUGACAGUCAAUGGAUACACGCUUCCAAAAGAUGCUUGGCUGAUGGCAGCCUUGUGUACAGUCAAUUUGGAUCCGAAAAUAUUUCCAGAACCCGAAAAAUUUAAACCACAACGAUUCAUUAAUGAAAACGGCGAAUUGUUUGGAUAUGAAAAGGUUUAUGCAUCCUUUUCAAUGGGUCCCAGAGAUUGUCUGGCCAAAAACCUUGGUAAAAUGGAAAUGUUCCUUUUCCUAACGACACUGGUGAGGGACUAUGAUAUUGAAAACGAGGCUGGAAAACCCCUUCCAUCUCUGAAAGGGAUGUCCAGGGGAUUUCAUGUUGCUAUUCCUUAUCAAGUUUGUUUGAAGAAGAGAGAUUAAAGUAAAUGUCUGAAAAGCAGCCUCAUCCCUUUACGCAUAGUCGUAAACUACGGCCAAAAUGUACAAUUUUCUUCCAUUCUGAGAACUCCGAACCGUGGCUUGAGACGAUGUCCUUUAUGCAUUAUGACAAUUUACACUCCAAACGUAAGAAACAAAAUGAAGAGAUGAUUCAUUGUGUAUGCCAGAAUCUAAAUUUAAAAUUUAAAUACCAAUUUGUGAAAAAAGAAUUAAAUUUUCAUGACUACAUGUAUAUAUCAUAUCAAAUAUUUAUGUAUGUCAAACGGUCAUGUUAUAUUUCAUUGAAAUUUUAUUACACUUUUUUUUUAACCUUUGAAGGUCAUGUAUCCGUCACACACACCCCUUCCAUUCAUUUCCUUAGGUUCACUUUCUGCAUUUUGCCGGUUGUUUUUUGCUUGCGCGUGUUUAAAAUUUUGUUUGUUAGGUUAUUGUUAACGUCCCUCCAGAGAAUCUUUUCAUUCAUAUAUGGAUACGCCACCACAUGACGAUGGAGAUCUGCACAUUUUGUCCUAAACUCGGCAUAGUGAUACGAUCAAACUUUUGUCUGAAAAAAUUGAAAAUAUUAAUUUGACUCUUGUUUUAAUUAGUAAAAGGAAAAAGUUUCA